AUGGCUCAGUCCCGAAAGUGUGCUGCCCUGGCCGCUGGUUCCGCAGCUGUUGUGCUGCUUGGUGCGCCUGCUUUCACUGCCGGCCCCAGCGCGGCGGUUGAGAGCCACGGGGCCCCUCGCAACUAUGCUCAGAUUGCUCAGGCACCCAGCCAGUCCUCAACUGGAAGUGCUGCUGGUCUGACACUGGGCACCGUGGGCAUCGUGGGCGUUGCGGGUGUGGCCGCCUCUCGUGCAAAGAGGGUGGCCCGAGUGGCCCGUGCUGGAGUCCUGACCACGGACGACCAGGGCCGCUUCCGCUUCGAUGCGCCGGAGACGCCGUUGGUGCCCUCGGAGCAGCCGGGUGCGGUCGCUCCACUCGGGUUCUUCGACCCGCUGGGCUUCAGCAAGAGUGGCCUCAUGACCUUCCCGGGAGAUUCGACGGGAUUCAAGCAUCUGCGAGCUGCUGAAAUCAAGCACGGGAGAUUUGCCAUGAUGGCUGCUGUGGGGUCUGUGUAUGCGCACUUCUACAAGAUCCCCGGCUUCGAGGACGUGCCUACCGGUCUGGCGGCUCUCCAGACCAGCAAGGGCUUGGAAGGCUUCUCGCUCCUCUUCUUCUUGAUCGCCGGCCACGAGGCAGUGACCUGGAAGCCCGUCAAGGAGCCAGGCAGCUUCGGCGACCCCUUCAAGUGGAACCAGUACACCAAGGAGAUGCGAACGAAGGAGCUGAACAACGGCCGCAUCGCCAUGUUUGCCAUCAUCGGCCAAAUCGUCGCCGAGCUCCAGACUGGGAAGGGUAGUUUUCGUGAAUAUUCGCCUACACUGACCAUGAUCUUUGGGUAUCCGGCAGCCAACUACAACGACUUCAAGCAGUGGAUGCAGAGGUAUGGCCACUCAGCGCAUGAGGACGAUGUCUCCAGCUUCCAGAAGUAUCUCGACUUCAUGGAGUUCCAGAAGGCUUCCAAGGAGCACAAGCCCGACCAGGCGCAGGGCUACCAGGACUAUUCCCAAUACCUGAGUGGCCACGGGGCCGGUCCUGUCGACUUUCAGGAGUACAUGGACUAUAACAAGUACAUGACGAACCAUGCGCAGUACGAGGACUUCUCGAAGUACAUGACCAUGCAGGCCCAGCGACGAGCUCCCGCCUCUCAUGUGAGUGUGUUUGGCACAUCGUGUGGGCGAGCGGAAUACAUCUGCCAGGGCGGAUCAACCCCGUCCUUCGACGAGUACUUGAACUUCCAGCAGUACACGGCAGGACAGCAAGCUCCUGCGGCGCCAGACUACAGCCACUACCUCAAUGUGCGCAAGUUCACCAGCGGCGGAAAGGAGAAAAAGUCGAAGUCCUCACAUCGGCACUCCAAGAAACACUCAGAGGACGCCGUGGUCUACGAAGCAGCGAGGGCUUGGGUCGAAAGGGGCUACAUGGACUACCAGAAGUACAUGAGUGGGGACUGGUCGAAGUACAUGGGUGGCAUGGGCGGCAGCGGCGGAGGUGCCAUGGACCCCCAGCAGUACAUGGACUACCAGAAGUACAUGUCUCAGGGAGGAUCAUCUGGUGGCUCCUCGUACCAACAGUACAUGGACUACUCGAAGUACGUCCAGGGCCAGGGCCACCAGGCCAUGAACUUCAAGCAGUACAUGGACUUCCAGAAGUACAUGAAGCAGAGCGGAGAUGGCAAGGGUGGACCCGUCAGCUUUAUGGACUACUCGCAGUACACAGGCCAGGACUCAGGGUUCACCCCACUUCAGGCUGCGGAGCCGGGCACUUGGCCCACUGGCCGGACAGGGCUUGCCCCAACAAGCGAGGCUUCGAAGAGCCCUACGUAA